UUUGUUUUUCUGUCAGCUGCCGAGGGCCCCUGGGAGCCCCGGAAGCCCGAGGGACCCAGCGGGGGCCCCCGGGCCCAGUCUUGCCCUCACACUGAAACUCUCACUGUGGCGGAAACUCGGAACCUGCUCCCGUCACCCUCGAGCCCGGAGACAGGACUUCUGGGAUCUGGGACGGAACUGCGUUGAGCUGGGUCAACCGUACCCAGGGAGGACUAUGGGGCGCCAGAGAAAAAGGGGGACCGUGAUCCCUCAUGAGCAGAUCCUAAGCCCAAGACAUAAAAGGAGGCACAAAUCGGGGAAGAGAAGAAAAACGAAGAGGAAAACAAUGAAGGCAGACAUGGAGGAACUGAAGAAGGAAGUGGUCAUGGACGAUCACAAAUUAACCCUGGAAGAGCUGAGCACCAAGUACUCCGUGGACCUGACGAAGGGCCUUAGCUCCAAAAAGGCACAGGAAAUCUUGAACCGAGAUGGACCCAACGUGCUUACGCCGCCCCCCACCGUUUCGGAAUGGGUCAAGUUCUGUAAACAACUCUUCGGUGGCUUCUCCAUCUUACUGUGGAUGGGUGCCAUUCUCUGCUUGGUGGCCUAUGGCAUCCAGAUGCAUUUCAAGGAGGAUCUUUCCAGAGAUAAUCUGUACCUGGGCAUCGUACUGUCCUUCGUGGUCAUCGUCACCGGCUGCUUCUCCUACUACCAGGAGGCCAAGAGCUCCAAGAUCAUGGAGUCUUUCAAGAACAUGGUGCCUCAGCAAGCUUUGGUGAUUCGAGAUGGAGAGAAGAUACGGAUCAACGUAGAGAACGUGGCAGUAGGAGACCUGGUGGAGGUGAAGGGCGGAGACCGAAUCCCUGCGGACCUCCGGCUCAUCUCUGCACAAGGAUGUAAGGUGGACAACUCCUCCUUGACUGGAGAGUCAGAGCCCCAGUCCCGCUCCCCUGACUUCAGCCACGAGAACCCUCUGGAGACUCGUAACAUCUGCUUCUUCUCCACCAACUGCGUGGAAGGAACAGCCCGGGGCGUUGUGAUAGCAACGGGAGACUCCACAGUGAUGGGCCGCAUCGCCUCCCUGACGUCAGGCCUGGAGAUGGGCAAGACCCCCAUCGCUGUGGAGAUCGAACACUUCAUCCAUCUGAUCACGGCGGUGGCCGUCUUCCUUGGCGUCUCUUUCUUCGGGCUCUCGCUCAGCUUGGGCUACGGCUGGCUGGAGGCUGUCAUUUUUCUCAUCGGCAUCAUUGUGGCCAAUGUGCCCGAGGGGCUGCUGGCCACCGUCACUGUGUGUCUGACCCUGACCGCCAAGCGCAUGGCGCGCAAGAACUGCCUGGUGAAGAACCUGGAGGCGGUGGAGACGCUGGGCUCCACGUCCACCAUCUGCUCCGACAAGACGGGGACCCUCACCCAGAACCGCAUGACCGUCGCCCACAUGUGGUUCGAUGAGACCAUCUACGAGGCGGACACCAGCGAAGAGCAGACUGGGAAAACGUUUGCCAAGGGCUCAGCUACCUGGUUCGUCCUGGCCCGAAUCGCCGGCCUCUGCAACCGAGCUGACUUUAAGGCUAACCAGGAGACCCUUCCCAUCGUCAAGCGAGCCACAACAGGCGAUGCUUCUGAGUCGGCCCUCCUCAAGUUCAUCGAGCAUUCGUACGGCUCCGUGAAGGAGAUGAGAGAGAAAAACCCCAAGGUGGCCGAGAUUCCCUUUAAUUCCACCAGCAAGUACCAGAUGUCCAUCCACCUGCAGGAGGAGAGCUCCCAGCCCCACGUGCUGAUGAUGAAGGGGGCCCCCGAGAGGAUCCUGGAGUUUUGCUCCACGUACCUCCUGAACGGAGAGGAGUACCCCAUAGACGAGAAGAUGGAGAGCAAGUUCCAGGACGCCUAUCUGGAGCUGGGAGGCCUGGGGGAGCGCGUGCUCGGCUUCUGUUUCUUGAAUCUGCCCACCGCUUUCUCCAAGGGAUUCAAGUUUGACACGGAUGAGAUCAAUUUCCCCAUGGAGGACCUUUGCUUUGUGGGGCUCAUCUCCAUGAUUGACCCUCCCCGGGCCGCCGUGCCCGACGCCGUGGGCAAGUGUCGCAGCGCGGGGAUUAAGGUGAUUAUGGUAACAGGGGAUCAUCCCAUUACAGCCAAGGCCAUAGCCAAAGGGGUGGGCAUCAUCUCUGAAAGCGCUGGAACAAUAGACAACGUGGCCGCCCAGCUCAAGGUCCCCGUCUGCAGCAGCACCGACCCCAGGGAAGCCAAGGCCAUCGUGGUGCACGGCUCGGACCUGAAGGACAUGACGUCGGAGCAGCUGGACGAGAUCCUCAGGGACCACACGGAGAUCGUGUUCGCGCGGACGUCCCCGCAACAGAAACUCAUCAUCGUGGAGGGCUGUCAGAGGCAGGGGGCCAUCGUGGCGGUGACGGGGGACGGCGUGAACGACUCCCCCGCGCUGAAGAAGGCUGACAUCGGCAUCGCCAUGGGCAUCUCGGGCUCCGACGUGUCGAAGCAGGCCGCCGACAUGAUCCUGCUGGACGACAACUUCGCCUCCAUCGUCACGGGCGUGGAGGAGGGCCGCCUCAUCUUUGACAACCUGAAGAAAUCCAUCGCAUACACCCUGACCAGCAACAUCCCCGAGAUCACCCCCUUCCUGCUCUUCAUCAUCCUCAGCAUCCCCCUGCCUCUGGGCACCAUCACCAUCCUCUGCAUCGACCUGGGCACAGACCUGGUCCCGGCCAUCUCCUUGGCUUACGAGUCAGCUGAAAGUGACAUCAUGAAGAGGGCCCCGCGGAAUCCAAAGACUGAUAACCUGGUGAACGACCGUCUCAUUGGCAUGGCCUACGGACAGAUUGGGAUGAUCCAGGCUCUGGCUGGCUUCUUCACCUACUUCGUGAUCCUGGCCGAGAAUGGUUUCAGACCUUUUGAUCUGCUGGGCAUCCGUCUCAACUGGGAAAACAGAUUCCUCAAUGACCUGGAGGACAGUUACGGACAGCAAUGGACCUACGAGCAGCGGAAGGUGGUGGAGUUCACGUGCCACACGGCCUUCUUUGUCAGCAUCGUGGUCGUGCAGUGGGCCGACCUCAUCAUCUGCAAGACCCGCCGUAACUCCAUCUUCCAGCAGGGCAUGAAAAACAACAUCCUAAUAUUUGGGCUCAUGGAGGAGACAUUCCUGGCUGUUUUUCUCUCCUACACUCCAGGCAUGGACAUGGCCCUGCGGAUGUACCCACUCAAGACAGCCUGGUGGCUCUGUGCCACUCCCUACAGUGCUCUUAUCUUUAUCUACGAUGAAAUCCGAAGGCUCAUCAUCCGUCGUCAUCCUGGCGGCUGGCUGGAGAGAGAGACCUAUUACUGAACUCGGCACAGGAAGAGAGGGGAGCGAGUGGAG